GGCAUUGCUCCAGAUGUUCUUCUGGGACACCGGGAGCGGUUUCGUGAUCUUUUUAACGGCCUGACGCAGUUCUUCAACAGAGCCAGAGAAAUGGAGUUCUUUAAAAGUGUCAUUCAAAUCCCAGAUCUGCCCGACGCUCCUCCAAACUUCCUGCGUGCGGCUGCCUUGGCUGAAUAUAAAAAGGCGGUGGUGGUGAUCCCCAACGAGGAGCGUCAAGAGGAGGAAGAAGCGGAGCCGCAACCAGAGAUCAGAGAGACGCCACAGAUGCAACCAUAUUAUCUGCUGAGCCAGAUGGGAGCUCCUGAUGUGUCGGUGGAUCAGAGAGAAACAGAGAACGAGAGUCUGAAGAGAGAGCUGGAGGUGCUCAAACCAGAACUGCAGCUCAUCAAGACUGAGGCUCAGAGGUGCGUGACGGAGUUAAAGGCUCAGGUGAAUCGCCUGGAGGCCGAGGUCGAGGAGCAGCGCACCCACAAACAGAUGGCCAUGGUGGAAAAGGAGCACCUGCGGAUGGAGGUGGAAGCUUUACGGAGCGCCAACGUCGCCAACGCCGGCGCUCAGAUCGGGUUCAAGGAGGCAGACAACAGAGCUCAGGCAGCAGAAGUCCGUUUCUCUCAGCUCAAAGAGAGACACGCAGAGCUGAUCACCAGCCACGCCGACUUAAUGAAGAAGAACGCAGAAACAGUGAAGCUGCUGUCGAAUACAAAACAAGGGCAAGACGAUUUGCUGAGAAUCAAACAGCAGCUGGAAAAUGAGCUGGAAAAUCUGCGGCAACAGGGAAGAAACACGAUGAAUCAGCAGCAGCAGGAGGUCGAGCGCCUGAACAAAGAGCUGCUGGAGCAAAGAGCAGAGAUGGCAAUUCUCCGCAGCACUCUGGACAGUAAAGAGAUG